AUGGCUGUUCCCGUGCGACUCCUACGCCCCAUCCCACUCUCCAUCCCCAUUUCCAGAUUCCAACCCUUUCCCAUCGCAACAAGAAGCGUCUCCGCCUCUCCCAUCCAAAUGAUCGGACGAAUUACCGACACGGUCAAGCAGGAUCACCGCGAGAUCGAAGCCUGCUACCAAAGGAUCAUCAACGCAAAGGACCGCGAUGAGCAGACUCGCUAUCAGAAUCUGUUCACCUGGGAAUUAGCCCGGCACUCCAUCGGCGAGGAGCUCGUCGUCUAUCCUGCGUUCGAGAAACAUCUCCCAGAUGGAAUUUCUAUGGCAGAGAAAGACAGGAGGGAGCACCAAACUGUGAAAGAAAAACUCAAGAAAUUCCAGAACUUGGACCCCUCAAACGCCGACUUCAUUCCCACCAUCAAAUCCUUGAUGGCCGAUCUCGCAGAGCACAUCAAGGAAGAAGAAACUAACGACCUGGUCAAGCUCGACCAGGCUCUGUCCCACGACGACAGCGUCAGUCUCUCCAAGAGCUUCGAUCGGACCAAGAUGUUUGUGCCGACGCGCUCGCAUCCCAGUGCGCCCAACAAGCCACCCUUCGAGACGGCUGUGGGAUUGUUAACUGCUCCCCUUGACCAGCUGGCGGAUUUGUUCCGCAAGUGGCCGCAUGAAGGACAGGAGUCGCCUAUGGGUCAUCAGCGGCCAAUGGGUCAUUAG